CCAAGGCGGGACGAAGGACGGUGGUUGCGAGCAGGUGGGCAAGCGAGGCUGGCUGGACGGAGUGAGCCUGCCGAGUUCGGAGACCACCUUGCAACGGAGCGACCCGAGCGACGCCGACUCGGUCUCCCUCCACCAUGGGACUGCCUCUGCUGCUGGGGCUGCUGCUCUCCCGAGCCGGAGGCUUCCUUGUUUCGUCCCUUGAACAGCCAAACAACUGCAUAACAGCUGAAAAUCUUUGUGUGGCUGACCCUGCCUGCAAUGCCGCUUAUCAGACCCUGCAAAACUGUUCUCCAUCCCUUGCUAAGAGCAAUUCCUUCCUUCUGCACCAUGAGGCCAGAAACAGAUGCCAAGAGGCAGAAACAAUGAUUAGAAACAGUUAUUUUGGAGAAUGCAAGUGCCACCGACGCAGCCGAAAGCAGAAGCGAUGCCUACAUAUCUACUGGACUGUUCAUUCCACUUUAGCACAAGAUGAGUUUUCUUUGGAGAUGUCUCCCUAUGAAGAUGUAGAAAAUGAAGAGUCUUUAACAGCAAAGUAUGACAAGCUGGCAACCCAAAUCUCAGGCGCGCAUAUGGCUGGAGACAGCGCAAAUCCCUGCCUGCAGGCCACAAACAUUUGCCACUUGGACCACAGGUGCCUGCGCCUGCGCUCACGCUAUGCCAAGAUCUGCAGCGCAGGCCACCCCUGCGAUCAGCGCAAGUGUCACCAAGGACUGAGGCUCUUUUUUGAGAGGGUCGAUUUGGAUUUCACCAAGAGGCUUCUUUUCUGCCCUUGUCAAGAUGAGGUUUGUGGCGAGCGGCGCUGGAACACCAUUGUCCCAGAGUGCUCUUUCCAGAGCGGCAGCAAACCAAACUGCCUCGUCCUGUUGGACGCGUGCCUGAAGGACAAUAUCUGCAAAUCCCAGCUGGCUGACUUCCAAGAACAGUGCAAGCCUUCAGGAGCGUCCACAGAUGGCUGCUCCCAGCACAAUCAUGCUGCAUGCCUGGAGGCUUACAUGGGGAUGGUUGGUACCCCCAUGACGCCCAAUUACGUCAGUAAUUCCAGUGCUGAGGUCACGCUGUGGUGCACCUGCAAGAACAGCGGCAACCGGGAAGAGGACUGUGAACGAAUCCUCAGCGCCUUUGCCAGCAACAGAUGCCUCAAAAGUGCAAUCCAGUCACAGAUGAGCCUACAGCAGAUGCCUACAGAGGGUCGGGAGCAACUGCGGUACUCUUCUUCUGUGAACAUCCAAGGAGAUGGCACCAGCACAGUUCUCACUGCAAAAGUGUAUUGGGAACCUGAAGAGAAGAUACAGCCAGAAGUUCCUGUACAUAAUCAAAAAUCGUUCUCAAAUUCUGUAUAUACUGGAGCUCAGCUUUCCUCGCUUUUGACCUUGACGCUGCUCCUUCUAUUACUCAGUCCACCGUAGCCUAAUGUGACUGGCAUUGCUCAUGCAUGUGACUGUCAUGCAUUUCCAGGAGAAAGGAAACUGGAUUUUUUCAUGCUAAAGAGGACACACCGAUCACUGCAAGCCUCUUCACAACCUGCACCCUUCUGCCAAGAACUCUUGACUGUUUCACACACUUUUCUAUGCAAUGUAGCCCUGGGGACUGGUUCUCUUUCCAGUGCCCCCAAAGGGGAAAAAGCAGGCAGAUGUGAGAUUUUAGGGAACUGUUUUAAAAAACUGAAAUCAAAGCAAUCAGGUAGAGGAGUCUGAUGCAUCUCUGAUCUAGCAAGUGAAAUGCUUUUUUGGCUUCGGGUUGCCACAAAAUCUGGAUGAUAUACUUUCCAGUGGUCCCUGCUGUAUAUUUGUCCAGUUCUUUAACACACAAAACAAAACUGAAGUUAAGGACCAUGGUAACUGAACUGUAGCCUCUGUGCUUGGUCUCUUUCUGUCCCACAUUUCUGCAUCUGUUACUGCUCCUCAGAAAUGUAAAGCACUUGAGCUAGAUGCUUCUGUGACAUAAAUCUUCCUUGUUCAGUAUUGUAUGACCCUUCUAGGCCUUCAGAAGAAUCAGCCUGCAGGCUUGCUGGGCACUACAAAUGCCUGGGCCACUGACCUUGUAUGCCCCAAGUCACAGCACAACGACCUCUGUAUGGAAUAAUCUAGUGUCCUUUCACAUGUCUCUGUACAUUCUGUGGUGUCGAUGAGCUAAUAACUCUGGAUGUAAAGGUUUGUGUGGUAACUGAGGUACAGGCAGAGAUGUGAAGACCUAGGGGGAAAUUAAGGCUUGCGGGGGAAAUUCUGAAGGGGAAAAAUGUUUCCAAAUUCUCCAAAAAUCCUUCGGGAAAUGUUUUUCCUGAAUUUUUCUGGUUCAUCUCUCCCCUUUGGUCUGUGGGUUCCCUCCCUUCCUCCACCCACCCACCCACCCACACAGACACAUUUACAUCUCUAGGUAUGGAAGAGCAAUUCAAACCCGCUACAUGUCACACCUACCUUGUUGGCUGGCUUUGGAAGGGAUAGAACACUAAUCCCAAUAACUUUCCUGUGAAAGAGCCACCAAACACCCUGUUUCUUCCCCAUUCUCCCUCAGAGAUGCAGUGCGGUGGUUGCCAGAGUUGACUGUCAUGUAUUCAUGAUCCAGGGCUCUAUCACAUUCAGUAGUGACAGUAAUCCCUUUAUGAAAUCUAGCAUGCUUUGCAUUUUUUUCAUCUAGGAAUAGGUGUCCUUUUACUCCUGCUCAGUGAAGGGGAGCUUCAUACCACCAACUGGCACACUGGUCUCAUUUCUAUGUGGGUUUACUGUAGCCUUGGUAUCAGCCAGGAAGAUACAGUUUGUGGAGACCUGCCAAUCCAUUCUGUUUAUUAUUAUUCCACCUCCUUAAUGAAGGCAAUUAUAAAGUAAUUUACUUCCAACCUUUAAAUGUCUGUAGUUGUUGUGACUAUAUGAGUAAGUGUGGAAGCAUGGCUUCUUAAAAAACAGAAGACAAGGAAUAUUAAAAGCAUUUCAAAUAUUAAAGGAAUUUUUUACAGUUGAACUUGGCAAUACAAUACCAGCACAGGUUAUGUAUUAGCUCCUGGCAUUUAAAGUGUUGUGGGAAUCCAGACUUUUUUGAAGAGGCCUAAAAUCUAGUAGCGUAAAUACUUUUCUUAACGAGAAAUGUUACCCCCAGUAGGGUAGGCAAGUCCAGAAUGGAAAAACUAUGAAAAGUCCUAAACUUAAAUUCUGUCACUAUGUAGAUUGUCAAAACAUUUUUUGCUUACUUUCUUCACUCUUGAUUUUCAUCAUGGCUCAGUUUUCAAAUCAGGCCUUUUAUAUACCCUUUUUAUGCAACCACUGCACUCAAAGUAGAUUCACAGCAGAUAUAUAAAACAACACAGCAACUAAAUCAGAUUACAAAAUUAAAAUUCAACAGUUGUAAUGAAUGCACAUAGACAGUUACUAAGAUUUCAAGGGCAUCCUCGGUUUCAUGGCAGGGGCAGCACCCAUGUAUGGAAGGGGAGGCCUUAUAGUUUGUUCCCUCUGCCCUUCCCCAGUUCGGCUAGAUAGGAGUCUCCUUAAAUCCACGCACACUUCUGCACCCGCAUCUAUGCCUAUCUGUCUCACCUCAAUACAAAUGACUUGUGUUGCUGUAGCACAGGUUCCUUGCACAAAGCUGGAGAGGGGACAUUGGAUGCAGCUAGAGAGACAUGCACACGUUACUCCAGUGGCCUCUUGCAUUGCAUGUUUACCUACGCAGGUAGGGAAAAACGGUUUUCCUUGCAUGUGCAGCAGGCUGGAGCUAGUCCCAAACUGUCUCUGUUCCUAGCCUAUUCCACUGGGGGUUGCCUUUCUGAUAGCUGGGAUCUUCUGUACCUGAAGUGUUGAGUCUCUGUUGAUGUUUCAGUGUUUGUGGCACUAUUUUAUAGUACUUACAUGGUUAUUACUGUUGUAUUUCAUCUAUAUUGAGUACGUCAGCAACUCCCACACCUCUAUUCAAAAGGGAAAGUGCAAACCAAAUAGAAAUCCUUAAAAUGUUAUCAAGUGUCUUCGAUGCACAAUCUAAGUCUCUUAGCAAACAGAGGAAGUGGGAACAUUCCGAGCGGCUGUAAUGUAAAUUCCAGUAUCUUACCAAUGUGAUUCAGCCCAUAAUAUCCAAAAUAAAGUUUAUGUUAUAACUC